UUAAUUUUGUUACAGUAAAAUGGAUCACGUAGAAGACACUCCUCUAUUUUUGUCCCAGGUGUUUCCUCAGAACCCAUUUCCUGAUGAUGAGGAUGAUGUCGUCAACAACGACCUAGUAAAGAAGAUAAUGACACCGAAAACUAAAAAAAAGGCAAACCAAAAUGCAAAAUAAAGUGCAAAAACGAAGUGUUCCAGGUCAGCUUCCAUCAUUUGUGGUUAAUAAAAAGCCAGGAAAGGGUAACAGGUUAAUUAAAAUCCAAAUAAUUAACUUGGUUGACAAUGAGUACAAAGAAGUGCCAGAAAGCGAAGAUGUGAUAUUAAGCUACCGGUUCUGCAAUCCCUACGCACAAUACAUAGCAGACGAUGGAUUCGAUGAAAUUAUCGACAGUGCAGAGAGUGUAAUAAAUAAAAUUUCGAAAAGACUGUGUGGAUAUAGUCUUAGUUAUUAA